AUGACAUCGUUAAAAUCCGAUGGACGUAAAAAUAUCGAGAAGCUACGACUCGUCGAGGAACUGCAUGCUUCGGCGAGAAGAAAUUUUUCCCGAAGACGCGUCGUAGUGCGGGGUUACGACGAUCUGUGGCAAGCUGACAUCGUCGAGAUGCGUCCGUACUCUCGUUUCAACAGAGGUUACCACUACAUACUCACCGUCAUCGAUGUGUUGAGCAAGUACGCGUGGGCCGUACCGCUCAAGAGUAAAGGCGGAAGCGAGACGGCUGAUGCUAUCGCAGAGAUAAUUCGAGAUAGCGAGAGGCACCCGAAAAAUAUGCAAACCGAUAUGGGGAAGGAAUUUCACGCCGACGUGCAACGUCUCGUGAAGAAACACGGCAUAAAUCAUUAUUCCACGUAUUCGGUGUUGAAAGCAUC